UGGUCUCUCAUUCCACCCGCUCUCACUUAGUUUUUAUUGUUUUUGUAAUCCCCCUCUUUUUCAGUCAAAUCACCCACGGUCAUGGAAUAUCAUCUCUCAUUCUCUCCAUCUCUGCUUUUUCUCCUUGUUGUUGAAUCAUGGUGUUGACACUAUUUUGCAGUCUCCACUCGAAACUGGUUUUGCAACUCCCCUCUCCCUCUAUUCAUUGCUCACCCUCCAUCCCUCCCUCUUUCUCUCACUCACUGUCCAGUUGACAACCCAUCUUUUUCCUAUUCACAAUAUCUUUGUUGCACCCUCCAUCCUGCCCUCCCUCCUCUCUUGCUCUCAGUAUCCAUCUGAGAGCAAGAGUGGUGUGCUUAUUUGCUUCUGCCUAAAUAUAUGUGCAUCUCUACCUCUUCCUCUCUGCACAACACAGCCAAAACACUGCCCUGCCUAACCACACAGGAGAUUUCUUCAACAAAUAUUUUGUGGAUUUUAUUGUGCAGAAAUGUGACUCAAACUCGAAUAAUUGGACCUUUUCUCGUUUUGUAUUUUUGCAUUUAGACAAUCGUAGAUUUUUUUUGUGAUGAUUUGUUGAUUGGUCAGAUUUUUGCCUCCUAAUUUGAGAGUGUAGAGAUUGGUAUGUUGUGUGUGUGACUGAGUGUUGGAGGUUUCAGUUAGAGCUGUGUCUGUAUCUCCCAGCAGCAUCACCAUUUGUGUGAGCUGACAGUGGACGGAGUCCUAAUCCCCGUUAACAGAUUCAUUAUCGCUGGGCACAAUCGUGUCGCUGCCUUGUUGUGAAGUCGCCUGGCUGAACGAUCUGCUGCCUGAAUGGGGUUCUGACAUGACGAUAAGGGUCCCUCUGGGGUGUCUUCUCAAUCCUAAUCCCUCUCUCUCCUCCCUCUCUCUCCUCUCUCUCUUGCGCUGAGGGCUCCUCUCUUAUCCAUCAACACAAGCACCUCUCCACUGUUACCAGACAACCAUCCAAUCACAGGCUGUUUAAUAUUUAAAAAACAGACCCUGUUAUUUAUUUACAUUUGACAUUUUUGGGGUUCAUGUCCCCUAAACCUAUAUAUUUCAGGAUGAGUUUUUUUUCCAAGAGGAUCCAGCGUUGAUGAUUGGCAACGGUAUACCUCAGUGAGUGUGUAGAUAUUUGACAGAACACCAGAGAAGAGCAAGAGAUAGCAGAACACUCUCCCAACGCUACAGUCAAAGUUCCUUUCAACAGGGUGGAGGAGGGGGGGUUAGGCGAUAGACUAUGGCUGCCAUGGCGACUGUGCCCAGCUACACCCCUUCGCUAUGGGUGAGGAUGUGCCACGCCCUCCCCCGGCUGGACCUCACCAUGACGAUGAGAGACAACCUCUUCAUCCCCGACAGCUGGGAGUACCAACAGACUCUACUGGUCCUCUCUAGUCUCUCGGCCAUUGCUCUCGUUCUCUCCCUCCUCGUCAUUAUCUCCUUCCUUAUACACUACUGCUGCUGUCGCCGUGGUGACCGGAGCGAGGGAUCUGAGGAAGAGGAGGAGGAUGAAGAGGGCAGCACGGGCCACGGCUAUGGAGGCAAGAAAGGGCGGGGUAUCUGCUGCGUCACCUGGGUGUCGGUGGCGGCUGUCACACUGUGCUGUGUUGCCAUAGGCGUUGGUUUCUAUGGCAACGGCGAGGCUAAUGAUGGGAUAUAUCAGUUGACCUCAUCUCUUCUCACAGCCAAUUACACACUGGCUUCCAUCGAUCUGCUGGUUUCAGACACAAUCUCUGGGCUACAGCAGUCCAUCGCUGGGCCACUGACCACUAUGGAGGAGCUGUUUACAGGCAGUAAGCCUUAUUUGGUGUCCACCCGGAACUGUAGGAGACUGUCAGAGAAUGUGGUGUCCCUGCUCACCUCUCUGACAAUGGCUCGCUCCUCUGACGGGGGUGCCUGGAACAGCAGUAACAAUAGCGGAGAUCCUCCCAUAGCAGCCCUCACCCCUGUGCCACCCUCCAUGGCCCCCACAGUGGCACCAGUCGGAGGGGUCAUGCCAAGCCCCUUCUCCCCUGGCUGGGCAGCCAACACACUGAUGGUCAACGAGGACUACAGGUGGCUGUCCUACGUGCUGCUGUUGCUGUUGGACCUCCUAGUGUGUCUGUUCAUCCUGCUGGGGCUAGCCAAACAGGCCCGCUGGCUCCUCAUCCUGAUGACGGUGCUGGCCUGGCUGGCUCUGUUCCUGAGCUGGGGGUCCCUGGGCCUGGAGACUGCCACUGUGGUGUCUGUCAGUGACUUCUGUACAGAUCCUAACACCUUUGUGCUCAACUCCACCCACUUCAACUCUGGGACCAGCUCAGACGUGUUGGAUUAUUACCUGACCUGCAGCAGACGUAUGAACAGCCCUUUCCAGCAGCUGCUGACCCAGUCACAGAGGGCCCUUUCCAGCAUCCACACACACCUAUCCAGCCUGGACCGGAAUGCUCUCCCACAGGUCCCCAAGGCAGAGAAGUCACUCCGGGAGGUUCAGCAGAUUCUCAAUGCCACAGAGGGCAACUUUCACCAGCUGGUGGCGCUACUCCACUGUCGAGGUCUCAACAAGGAUUAUAUUGACUCUUUGAAAGGCCUGUGCUCUGAUGGGAUGGAGGGAUUGCUCUACCUCUCUCUCUACUCUUUCCUUUCGGCUCUGGCCUUCACUGCCAUCCUCUGUUCCCUGCCCGGCGCCUGGAGAAGCUUCCCCAGUGAUUCCGAGGAGUAUGAAGAUUCGGACAGCGAGAGCGAGGACCCCUUCACUUCCCAUCAGGCACGUAGACAGCCGGCCGCGGGGUCUCAGCGAGGGGCCUUGCCCCCCUUCUAUAAUUACCAGGGAGCCGGGUGGACUCCUCCCUUUUCUAGCGCGCCACCGCUCCCGACUCCAAACGUUUCCUCCAAUGGCAACCCUGGCUAUGAGAGCCUACCCCUGACUGACAGGCAGUCCCCACCCCCCUCUUACAGUACUCUCCCAGCAUGCUGACUGGUUACGGGGGUAGUCAAACACACCCCAACUCCGCCCAUUCAAGGAACCUGUAUUCACGCUAAUUCUUUUUUGUAUAAAAAAGUUACCGAUUUUUUUCCCGUUUUCUUAUGGACACUUUACUGAGAUGAAGAAAAAAUAACUCAUCCCCAAAAAUUGAGCUUUAGAUGUAAAUUAAAGGUGCGUAACAUCAGUACCAAGAAGGUUGAAUGGCCUGCUGUAGAACCUCACAGUAAGCUAAUGUCAGAUAGAUACAGUAGGUAGCAUGAUUAUGAAGAGGUCUGAACCAGGUUCACUCGGUCAAAGUCACCCCUUACAAUCCCCCUUGUCUGUCCAGUGUCAGUUGCGAGGCGAGCCAGAAUGGUAUUGACGUUAUGACAUUGUAGUUCUGUUUUUUUAAAUGUAGCACCAAUUUAUUUUCACGUUUUUAUAUCUAUAUCUUGUUGUAGAGAAACACUGACACAUAGAAACAAGACACAUUUUUGGGUGAAUGAAUAUGCAGUCUCCUCACUUGGUAUUCAACGUGCAAUUUUUAUUUGAUUUACUUUUUAUAGGUGAAAAUUCUGUACCUCCCUUGUAUUACCUUCUGAUACUAUACUGUACAUUUCACUGUUGAUGACAUUAUCUAAAUCGGGGAUGGGCAACUCCUGUCCAUGGGGCCGGAGUGGUGAAUAAACUAAUUGCAUUCUAAACUGAAGAUCAUGAUUAGGCGAUUAUUGGAGUCCGGGGCAGAAGGGACACCAAGUCCCCAAGGACUGGAGUUGCCCAUCCCCUCAUGAAACUUUGCUCUUAAAAAGAACAUUCAAGAGAGGGCUAUAGUACCACCUCUUUGUAGGCUGAAUGGAGAACUACAACUCCCAUCCAACCUCGAGACCAUUAGAGAACUACAAAUCCCAUGCAAUGACAGCAGGCACAUAGCAAUAAAACUCCUGCCACUGGUGCUGCAGUAGCCCUACCAUAAAUAGCAAUAACUAUAUAGCAGUGGGUUUCUGGGGUCUCUAUAGGAUGUUAUGUAAAUAUGUGAUGUCAGAUUUCAUUGAACACCCUCCUUGCCUACUGACCUUGUUAACCCUUGAAUUGCGUUUGUAUGGUAUAAUCAAUGCUCCUUUUGAAUGGCAUCCUUUUUCACUCCAGAGUCUAAUAUAAAUAAAAUAACAAUGAAUAAA